AUGCCGCUCUGUCUCACCUUCAUCGACUUGAAGAAGGCCUUCGACUCAGUUGCCAUGGAAGCUUUGGACAACCAAGACGUCCCUACACAGUACGUAAAGAUACUUCGAGAGUUGUACAGUAACUUCACGACUGAAAUUUCGCCAUUCUACAAGAAUAUCAUUAUUGACGUGAAGAGGAGGAUCCGACAGGGUGAUACAAUCUCAUCCAAAAUAUUCACGGCCCCCUUCGAGAACGCAGUGCGAAAGUUGGAAUGGGACGACAUGGGAGUGAAGGUUGGUGGUACUAAAUCAUCUGCGCUUUGCUGA